CUGACGGUCCGUCUCUGUGGCUGUCGCUCUAUUUAUCUCUGUCUGUCUCUCUCUCUCUACCUGUCUUUCUCUCUCUACCUGUCUCUCUCUCCACCCGUCUCUCUCUCAGGAUGGAUGAGUUUCAUUGUGGAUUAUUGAUAAUGUUUCUGCUGCAGAUCAGCUGUUUACACUCAGUUUACAUCCCUGGCAACACAGAUUCUCUCCAUCAGGUUCUGUCAGAGUUCGGUGUUGUUCGACCAAUCAGGACCGACUCGGAGGGGCGUUUCCUGUCAGCGUCGGUCUCCACCCGCCGCCUGCACCGCAUCAAAAGACACGCCCACUCUCCUGAGGAUACGCUCACUGACACAAACAUGGACAGAGACAACACACAGACACAAACUGACACGCCCAUAAACAGGCCGGCCCCGCCCACCGAGAUGUCACCGUCCAACCAGAUGGGGUCGAGCUGGAGGGGGCGGAGCUACGGCACUGAGGAGGCAGAGCUUUUCUACAAUGUGACGGUGUUGGGUCAGGAGCUGCACCUGCGGCUGCGUCCGAACACGCGUCUCGUCGCCCCCGCCGCCACCAUGGAGUGGUGGGAGGAGUCAGGGCGGAAACACUCACAGCCAAUAGGAGACACCGGCUGCUUCUACACGGGAGAGGUGUCCAACAUGGAGGACACAUCUGUCGCCAUCAGCAACUGUGACGGACUGGCAGGGGUGAUCCGGACGGGUCAGGAGGAGUUUUUCAUUGAGCCAUGGGAUCGAUGGAGGGCAGGAGGAGAGGAAGAGGGGGAGGACGAAGAGGAGGACGGACGACGACACAUUGUUUAUCGAUCCUCAGCCAUCAUCAGGAAACAACAAGCUGUCAAUCAAACUGAUGCUGUCAAUCAAGGUGCUGAUGACUUCCUCCGAGGUCCUCUUUUAGGGUCUUGGAGCCUGAAGCAGAAUGUGUCGUGGUCUAAAUCCAACUCAGCUCGACAACGACGCUACAUCGAAGAGGCUGAACUGUUUAACAUCGAGGUUCUGUUAGCGGUAGAUUAUUCUGUUCUUCUGUUCCACGGCCGAGACCACAUUCAGAAAUAUCUGCUGACGCUGAUGAACAUAGUUAACGAGAUCUACCAGGAUCAUUCACUGGGAGCCAAUAUCAACGUCGUUCUGGUCAGAAUCAUCAUGUUGUCUCCAACAAAGUCCCAGGAGCUGAUCUCUGUGGGGAAUCCCCAGAAGAGUCUGGAGAACGUUUGUGGCUGGUCGUAUCUCCAGCAGAGGGAGCAGAGUCAUGCCGAGCAGCACGACCACACCAUCUACCUGACCAGGCAGGAGUUCGGCCCCUCUGGCAUGCAGGGUUAUGCUCCAGUCACAGGAAUGUGUCACUUGCAUCGGAGUUGCGUCCUCGUCUUCGAGGACGGUUUUUCUUCGGCUUUUGUAGCUGCCCACGAAACAGGACAUGUGUUAGGGAUGGAGCAUGACGGUGAGGCGAACGACUGUGCUGACGACGUGCCGUUGGGCAGCAUCAUGUCUCCGCAGGUUCAGGCCACCUUCCAUCGAUACCACUGGUCCCGGUGCAGCUGGAGGGAACUGCACAAAUACCUGGAUAAGUAUGACUGUCUCCGUGACGACCCGUUCAACCAUGAUUGGCCGGCUCAGCCCCAGUUGCCGGGGUUUCAGUACUCGAUGGACCAACAGUGUCGUUUUGACUUUGGACCUGGAUACAGUAUCUGUACCGUGUACACCAACCACGACCCCUGCAAGCAGCUGUGGUGCAGCGACUACAACAACCCGUUCUUCUGUAAGACCAAGAAAGGUCCGCCGCUGGACGGGACAAAGUGUGGACCGGGGAAGCACUGCUUUAAGGGUUUCUGCAUGAAGUUGACCCCUGACCUCCUGAGACAAGAUGGCAGCUGGGGAACGUGGAGUCCGUACGGCGCCUGCUCCAGGACCUGCGGCGGCGGGGUCAGGUUUCGGGCCCGGCGCUGCGACAACCCAGUUCCAGCCAAUGGGGGGCGCACCUGCUUCGGGAACAGCUACGAGUUCCAGCUGUGCAACCAAGAGGACUGUCCUCCAAUGACCGACUUCAGGGAGGAUCAGUGUAAAGUCUGGAAUCCAUUUUUUGAACAUGAAGGAAGGAAACAUCACUGGCUGCCGUAUCAACACCCCGACCCUGACGAGCGCUGUCGUCUGUUCUGUCAGUCGAAGGAGACGGCGGCAGUGGUUUCCAUGAACAGAAUGGUGCAUGAUGGGACGGCGUGCUCCUAUGGCGACGCCCACAGCGUCUGCGUCCGAGGAGAGUGUGAGCAUGUAGGAUGUGACGGACAGAUUGCGUCCGACCAGCAGGAGGAUCGGUGUGGCAUCUGUGGAGGAGAUAACUCCAGCUGUAAAAUCAUCAAAGGAAACUUCACACGCAGCACCAAGAAAUCAGGUCAGAAACUGAAGCAUGUUCCUGUCAGAGGAGCUGCAAACGUUGUUGACCAAUCAACUAAUUAUUGUUUCUGUUGCCUAGGUUACCUGAAGAUCCUGGAGAUCCCCAAAGGAGCCCGGCACCUGCUGAUCCAAGAGUUUAAAGGGACUCCUCACGUCCUGGCGGUGAAGAACCAGGAGACGGGUCACCUCUUCCUCAAUGAUGAAAAUGAGUUCCCAGAAUCCCGAGUGGUGAUCGAGAAGGGCGUGGCCUGGGAGUACACAAACAGUGAGGAACAGGAGUCCGUCCAGACCACGGGGCCGCUGAAGUACGGAGUCCUGCUCAUGGUCCGUUCCCAUGGCGACUCCAAAGUGACGGUGUCCUAUAAGUACAUCAUACAAGACCAUCUACGGUCCUCGCUGGAGUCCAACCUGCUGCAGGAGGACACCAUCUUCUACGAGUGGGCGCUGAAGAAGUGGUCGCACUGCUCCAAACCCUGCGGAGGAGGGAAACAGUACACCAGGUUCGGCUGCAGGAGGAAGGCAGAUGGGAAGAUGGUUCACAGAAUGUUCUGCUCCAACAUCAACAAGCCAAGAGCCAUCAGCCGCAAGUGCAACGCCGACGCCUGCAGCUCGCCACGUUGGGUGACCGGGGACUGGGAGGACUGCAGCGCCUCCUGUGGGCAGACGGGGUGGCAGCGUCGCUGGGUGAGCUGCCAGCAGGCAUCCAGCAGGGGGCAGCAGCAGCAGCAGCAGCAGCAGCUGCAGUUGCAGCUGCGUUCGGUGCACAGCAAGCUCUGCGGUGAUGAACGGCCAGACACGAAACGUACCUGCAACCGUGUCCCCUGCCCUGCCACCUGGCGAGCUGGACCCUGGACCCCGUGUUCAGUCAGCUGUGGAAACGGCACGCAGGAGCGUCAGGUCGCAUGUUCGAGUCCUGAAGGUUCAGCCAGAAACUGCAGUGAUCCUCAACCAAUCACAAACCGAACCUGCCAGGCCCCACCCUGCAGUGGCGACCAGAAGAACAUCAUCCAGUGGCUGUCCAGAUCCAACCCCGACUUCCCUGCAAAGAUCUCUUCUAAGCAGCGUUGCCGUGGUGACCGGUCUGUGUUUUGCCGGAUGGAGGUGUUGAGUCGGUACUGUUCCAUCGCCGGAUACCGACAGAUGUGCUGCAAGUCCUGCAGCGAAGGCAAUUUCAGCAACUCCGACAACUUCAGCAGCACGAUCUCGCCGAGCGCCAAUAGCUCUUGGAGUUUGACCACAGAGGCGGCAACCUCAGCGUCCAGCUCCUCCACCACCAUCAGUGACAUCAUCACUUCAGCUACCAGCUUCACUGUAACUCCACCCCCCGCCAGCAGUGGCAGCACCGACUUCGUUUAUGUGGAGUAUGACGAUUACGAUGAGUACUCGUCCUACGAGGACCCUGAGACCCCGGCUGAGACUCCUGUUACCCCAGCCACCACCACUACCACUACCACCACUACUACUACUACCACUACUACUACAAGGCGUACAAGAAAAACUGCUCCGCCAUAUUUGUUCAGGAGGAAAACUACCACUCCCAUAAUGCCCGCUGCUACAGUUCCCAUGGUAACUACUGAUGGUCAAAGGUCAACACUGGCGCCAGUCAGCACAUCUCCCGUCCCAGAGUUCCCCAGCACACUGUGGGUCGAUGACAUCAUCACUGUGACAUCAUCACCAAAGAGAACAUCAGGAGGGAGGAGCCUCAAAACUCGAAUUAAUCUGACGGAAACUGAACCGACACCAUCGCCGCCGCCAUUCAUCCCAUCCUCGAAGAAGGAGAACAACUCUGUGGACGAGGUCUCGUACCGGAUCGUGGGAUUGGACAGUGACAUCACGAGGGGCCAGCAGAGCUACUUUGUGCCCCGAAUGCCUCCGUUCCGUGAGCGAACACAAAACAAACGCAUCCAGGAGCUUUUGAACGAGAAGCGGCGGCAGGAUCUCCUGAGGCGGCCGAGCAGGAGCCGAGUCGUCAGGACUGAGCGGAAACACGCCGGAUUAUAAAACAUUCAUACGUCUGCAGUUUUAUUUUCACUUUUGAUGCCGCAUGUGCAGCUCGCUCACUUCCUGCUAACGCUAAUGAACUCUACAUGAGAAACAGACUGCAGAGUUCACCUUCAUGUUUCCUGACGUGUUGGUCAGAGUUCAUACUUACAUGUUCUUAAAUCGAUGUAAAGUAUCAUGUGAACCAUGUCAGACCAGAACGUGGACAGUUUGCUUCAGCUUCCUGCAGAGAUCCAGAUCCAGAUCCUGGUCUGUUCAGCUUCAGCUGGUUUUUCACUCGUUGGUCUCAUUCAUGAUGUUUGUAAAAGAUAAUCUCAAAUAAAGCAAAGUCUCAUCCA